AUGGUGCAAACGUGGACGCCGCCUGACCUGUCGCAGGCCUGUGCAGUGCACACCAACAUCACCACCUGCCAGCCCUCGACCUUCCUCUUCCUGCAGCUGGUGGCGAAUCUCUUCGGGCGGCCGAGGGACGGCGAAGGAGGCGGCUUAGGGUUCGGAUUUUCCGGGUUUUCCGGCUUCGAUGGCCAUGCUGAUGAUGAUCGAUCGGUGGAGGAGUUCGAUUUUAUCGUGGUCGGUGCUGGAAGCGCCGGUUGUGUCGUCGCUAACAGGCUGACAGAAGUACCCGAAUGGAGAGUGCUCCUGCUGGAGGCGGGCGACGAGGAACCGCUGGCGGCGGACGUGCCGGCGUUCGCGCCCAUGCUGCAGGCCUCCAGCAUCGACUGGAUGUACGCCACGCAGCCGUCCCCGAAGAGCUGCCUCGCCAGGGACGAGGGCCGGUGCACGUGGGCCCGGGGCAAGGUCAUGGGCGGCUCGUCCACCAUCAACUACAUGAUCUACAUCCGGGGCCAUCCCGACGACUACGACGAGUGGGAGCGGAUGGGCAACACCGGCUGGUCGUACAGCGACGUGCUGCCCUACUUCAUCAAAUCGGAGGACAGCCGGGACCACAAGGGAAUCGAUCCGAGGUACCACGGUAAAGGCGGCUACCAGACCGUCGAGAGGUUCCCCUAUCAAGACGAGAACACCAUCGGAUUGUUGCGCUCUUACCAGGAACUGGGCCUGCCCGAGGUAGACCAGAACUCCGAGCAACUUAUAGGUACUAUGUUAAUGCAGCACACGAGUAGAGACGGCGAACGAUUGAGCACGAACGGCGCUUUCAUCAGACCCAUCAGGACGAAAAGGAGGAAUCUGACGGUUCGAACGAACGCCCACGUUACCAGAAUCCUGAUAGAUCCCAAAACUAAAACCGCCUACGGAGUGGAGUACAACCGAAACGGACGGUUGAUUCAAGUCGUCGCCAGGAAAGAAGUCAUCCUAUCAGCAGGCAGCAUCAACUCCCCCGUUAUUUUGAUGCUAAGCGGCAUCGGUCCGGCCGAUCACCUCCAACAACACGGCAUCGAAGUGUUGAAAGACGCCGCCGUGGGUUUCAACCUGCAGGACCACACCACCAUCGACGGCGUCGUCUUCCGCUUGACCAACCACACCUCGACGCUCGUCGGCGACGAGCAAAUGCAAAGCGACACCUACGAGUGGAAAGAGACGAGAAACGGUCCGCUCGCCUCCACCGGAGCCCUACAAACCAACGCCUUCAUCCAAACCAAAUACGAGCAAAGCCUCGACCGACCCGACAUACAAAUAUCCAUCGAUUCCGUCAACGCCGACAACUUCUACACCGACCCCAUCCUCAGCUACAACACCGCCGUACUGCCUCUAUCCUACUACAGCGGCAUGAUGGCGAGGCCCAUCCUCCUGAACCCCGAAUCCAGAGGUAGAAUCCUGCUGAACGAUACGGAUCCGGUGUACGGGGCGCCGCUCAUCUACGCCAACACCUUCUUCGAGGAGAUCGAUCUGCUGCGCAUCGUGGAGGGCGUCAAGCAGAGCUUGAACCUCGAACGCACCAGCUUCUUCCGCAAGGCGGGGGUUAGAUUGGAUAGGACGCCGAUGCCGGCGUGCAGGCACUUGCCCUUCGGAGGGGACGAGUACUGGGCCUGCGUCGCGAUGGCCUACACGACGACGAUCUUCCAUCCGGUGGGCACCUGCAAGAUGGGGGCGGCGGGGGAUCGGGCGGCGGUGGUGGACGCGGAGUUGAGGGUGUACGGUGUGAGGGGGCUGCGGGUGGUCGAUUCGUCGGUGAUGCCGAAGAUCGUGAGGGGGAAUACGAACGCGCCGACGAUUAUGAUCGGCGAGAAGGGCAGCGAUUUGGUGAAGAAGCGGUGGUUGAGGAAGGGCGGUGGUGGGCGGUACUCGCAGAAGGUCGUGCCUGAUGUUGGUGGGUUUUCGAAGGGCGGUUUUGGCGGUGAGCUCAAGGGACCGUCGUUUGAUUUCGAUAGGUUUUUUGAGGAUAAUUUCCGAUUUUAA